CUCGUAUAUUUUUACAUUAUAGAUUUUGUCCAUGAUUGAAGAAGCUUGUGGUACUCGAAUGUAUGAAGAUAAAAAAGAAAAUGCUCUGAAAAAUUUAGAAAAGAAAGAUUCACGUCUUCGAGAAAUUAAUACGAUGCUUAAUGAGCACAUUUGUCCUCAACUGGAGAAAUUAAAGGCAGAACGCAAAGAAUAUAAUGAGUACACUAAAGCUGUAAGAGAAUAUGAGCAUUUGUCAAAAAUAUAUAUUGCAUGGGAUUAUUUAAAAACAGAGGAAUUAGUUAACAAAUCUGGAGAUGAGAAAAAGGAACUACAAAAUAAGUUUGAACAACACAAGCAGUCAAUUACUGAAAUUAAGAAGAAGCUUGAAGAAGCUGAUAAAAAAAUUAGUGAAAUAGAGAUGAAGAUGGAUGAGGAUGGAGGGAAAAAACUUCAUGCAUUAGAUGAGGAAUUAAAACAGAUGCAAGUGGCUGAAACUAAAGCUGAUACACAACACAGAAAUUUAAAAGAUGCUUUAAAGGAAGAAGUGAAGAAGAAAGCCGAGCUAACUAAAAAUUUCAAAGAUGAAAAGUAUGCAUUGGCCCAAAAAGAAAAAGAACUGGAAAAGCUAAAGAAAAAGUUGGAGGAAUUAAAGUUAAUUUAUGAUCAAGAUAACGAAGCCAUAACAGCAGCUGAAAAUCACUUUCAUGCUGUUAAUGCAGGUCUUAGUGAUGCUAAUGGUGAAGAAGCAAGUUUGGCUGCUCAGCUUAUUGCUGCUGGUAAAGAUAAAAAGGAUGCAGAAACUGAAGAAAAAUCUCUUGAAAUGUCUAUAAAGCACAUGAAAGCUGACUUGGAGAAAAGAAAAGGCGAAAAUAAAAAAGUAGACAAAAGCUAUACUCAAGAUCAAAAUCUCUAUCAGAAUCUAGACACUCAAGUAAAGAAACUUAAAGCUGACAUUGCAAAGCUUGGAUAUCAAGAAGGCAAAUAUGAAAAUUUGAUUGCUCAAGAAAAGAAACUGUUGAUGGAAGUUGAUAAACUUAAAGAUGAAUUAGAUAUGAUUUUUGCAAAUUUUCCGCAAUUAACCUUUGAAUAUAUGGAUCCUGUGAAGAAUUUUGAUCGGAGGAAAGUCAGAGGACCAGCUUGUUUACAGCUUGAAUUAAAAGACCGUAAAGAUGCAGUUGCGCUUGAAGUAACAGCUGGGGGCAAAGUAUGAUUA